GUAGUGGCUCCUUAAUUUGUAAGAAGUGACCUACCAUACUUUUGCCCCAGGCCUCAAGUAUAUAAACUGCAAACACCCCACAACUUAGUGACACCAGAGAAAGAAAAACAAAAGUUUAAGUCAAAAAAUUCAGUUAGAAGAAGAAGAAAAAAAAAUGGCAUCUCUAAUCACAAAGGAGAUCAGAGAGAGCGCGACAGAGUUCUACGAAGGGGACGAAAAGUGCCAAGAGAAAGCGAAGUUUCUGCUGACCGAAAUGAAGCUGCCCAACGGGCUGCUGCCCAUAAAGGACAUGGAGGAGUGCGGGUACGUGAAGGACACCGGGUUCGUGUGGCUCAAGUCCAAGAAGAGGACCGACCACAAGUUCGAGCAGAUCGGGCGGUCGGUCCAGUACGCGACCGAGGUCACGGCGAUCAUCGAACCGGGCAAGAUCAAGAAGCUGACCGGGGUCAAGGCGAAGGAGCUCAUGUUAUGGUUGACCAUAAAUGAGAUCUCCACCGACGAUCCCCCCACCGGGAAGAUCCACUUCAAAAGCACCACCGGUUUGUCCCGGACUUUUCCUACCUCCGCCUUUGAACUGGGGGAGGAGAAACCGGUCAUCAAUGGAGCGGGGGUAAAUUUGGAAGUCAAGGAAGUGUGACUACUUGAUCUCAUACUAUUGUUACUACAAUUAAUACUUUAAUUUUCUUAUAUCUUAUAAGUUGGAAUAAUAAUAUAUAUAUUGAUAAUAAUAAAUAUGUUGUACGACAUGGCUGGAGUUAAUCUAGUUUAUACGUAUGUAAGUCCACAAGUUACAUGCUUUGUGGUUAAGUUGCUUCUCAUAUGUGAAAUGGCUAUUUCCUUGUCUUUGCUUUUUUAAUGGAAAGAACAUUUUAAGUUAGUAUGCAUGGUGUCGUUUUGGAAUUUUAUUACUCCAUUAUUAUACGGAGUAUAUAUUGGUAUUCUAGCCUCCUCUUAGUAAAAAGAAAAAAGAUUA